AUAACAUCGUUACAUACACAUUUAUGUCAGAAUUUUCAGGGAUUAUUGCGGCAUUGCGCUAUUACUGUUUAAAGAAAUUUCAAGAUGCACGACACGAUAAUACGGCUGGCGGAUGUGUGGAAAACAUGCAACAAGAUCCGCGCGGCCGUGUUCCGCGUGGGCCUCGACCUGUGGCAGUGGUACCGGCCUCUCGACCCUGAAAGGAACACCCUCAUCUCUGAGUCCAAGUUCGUGUCAGUGUUGGCGGGCCCGCUACGAUCGGUAGUAGGUCUGUCCGACGCAGAGAUCGCCCAACUCGCCGAUUACUUCCGCGCCCAGGACGGCCGCAUACUCUACGACCAACUCUGUCAGGUCAUACACGGGGAAGAUCUGGGACGAGAAAAAACAUCAUCUGAUUGUCUGCUGGAGACAUGUCCCCCGCCCCCUGAGCCCGAGUGCCACAAACUGGAUCAAUGGCAGAUGCGUCGCCUUUGUUGCUUGCUAGCAACCAUAGCACAGCGCGAGAUUCCACUUAAACCGUACUUCCAGGACUACGAACUGGUUGCUAAGAACGAUGGGCGAAUAACAUUCGCACAUUUUGCACGUGUCCUGGACUUCAUCGGCAUAAUAGUUUCGCCUGAGGACUUCAACCUUCUUGUAAGACGAUUCAUUAAGGAUUCGUAUACUAUCGACUACGUUGAGUUUCUGAAAGCACUCGAAGCUGUCAAAAAAGAAGGCAUUCGAGGACUUGGGCCGGCGUUCAAUCAUCCCAAAGCGGUUAUCGACACUACAUUGCCCAAGCUCUCGCGACCAGAAAUCGAAGCUGGAUUGUCUCCAUCUGUCCUCGGUAGUUCCGAAAUAUUUCAUCCAGCUCUUGAACCAUCGAAACCUUCUCGGCAACUUGUCGAUGUAAUGAUGACCGUUCAACAGUUUGUGUUGCAACGUCGGAUCAGAGUCUCUGAAUUUUUUAGGGAUUACGACCCACUACACAGCGGCCGAGUGUCCCCGCAGCAGUUUCGCCGCGCACUGGACGCCAUGGGGCUGGCGGCCGUGGUGUCGGAUCGCGAGGCGCACCUCAUUGCGUGCCAUUACACGCACGGGGACCUUGUCUGUUGGCGCACUUUCGAGGAUGACUGCGACCAAGUAUUCACGAUAAAAGAGUUAGAGAAGCACCCCACGGUGUCGGUGUUGGAGUCGACGGCAGAAGCGCGCGCGGCGGCGGCGGUUCGUGACAUGGACGCGCCGGAGCUGGCGCAGACAGGACUGCUGCGACUGCGAGCCGCUUGUAAGGAACGCGCCAUUGACCUGAGACCUAUGUUCGGAGAGCACGACGAGCACAACAACGGGCACGUGUCUCGUGCGCAGCUCCGUCGCGUGCUGGCGCGAGCGGCCGUGCUCACGGCGCCGGAACAGCUUGGCGCGCUCGAACAGCGCUACCUCGACGAUUGCGGGUUCAAUUACUUCGCGCUGCUAGACGAGUUGGAAGAGAAACCAGUGGAGAGUUCGACGGUGGCGCGCGCGAUGCCGGUACGAACGGAGGUGGCGCAUGGGCCCGACCCGCGACUCACGGACAUCGUGCAAAUCCUCGCUAAGAUAAAGGGAAAGGUGUCGCGCGAAGGCGUGCGGCCGCGCGAGUUCCUGCAGCAGUUCGACGCGCGACGCGAGCGCGUGGUGCCGCGCGCCGACUUCUACCGCGGCCUCGCCGGCGCCGGCCUCGCACUCGCGCCCGCCGAGGUGGAGACCCUCAUGGACGUGUUCAGCGCACCAGGCCGACGGCGCUACGUGGAGUACGAGCGGUUCUGCGAGACGGUGGGCGAGGCGCUGGCGGCGAGCGGGCUGGAGCGCGCGCCGCUGUUAACGCCCACGCCGCACGCGCCGCCAGAAGCGCCGCUUUGCCAUCUCGACUACGAGCAGCGCGCUCUCGUCGCCGGCGCGCUCACUAAGCUUGCCAAGUUUCCCGAUCAGCUUUCUAAUAUACUCGAGGUUUUCAAGGACGCGGACCCGCAGCGCUGCGGCUCGCUGCCGCGCUCGGCUCUCGAGCGGGCGCUGUCGCGGCGCGGACUGCUGGAGCGCCUGUCGGCUCGGGAGCGGGACGUUAUCUACAAGUGCUUCGGCUACCGUCGGGGUUGUACGGAUGAGGUUAACUACAGAGACCUGUGCAACGCUCUUAAUGUCCUGCACGCUACGUCCAGUGCACAGCCAUGCUGAACUACAGUUGAAUACUAAUUAUUUGACGUCAAAAUUAUAGCUGAGCAAGAUCUAAUGAUUUUGAUUUCUU